GCCGCGUGCGUCUCGGUUUCCGCUCAAGACGUUGGGCGCGCAGCCGAAGCCGAAAGAGUGGCUUUUGGGUGUGGCACGCAGAAUAAAGUUGUACCAACAUCCGCUUCCGGAGCUCUUCCACGGCAGAUCAAGAAAGAGACUAUCGUUCGGCCGAGGCAGGCAGGCAACUCAUCUGUGCUACUACCGAUUGAUGUUGUCAUGCAGGUCAUAAGCGCUGAUGAGACGGAGGAAGGCGGAAACAUCAGUGAUGAAACAAUCGAUGCGCAAAUGAAGAUCUUGAACAGUGCUUUUGAAGAGGUUGGAUACAAGUUCACCCUCGUGGAGACGACUCGCACGAUCAACGCCCAUUGGUACCGGGACGUCAAGUACUAUUCUCCAGUUGAGACUGAGAUAGCAACAACGCUACACAAGGGAGGUAAUGCAACGCUGAAUGUUUACACCGUGGGUGCGAACAACAGCACCGAUUAUGCAUGGGCUACUACAGCCUCUGAGGUGCAGUAUCGUCCAGAAAUGGACGGUGUCUUCAUCAACGGCACAGUGUUAGUUGGAGGAAGCAAUCCUGAGAAAAGCGAGGGCAAGACGCUUGUUCACGAAGUUGGCCACUGGUUUGGUCUCUAUCACCCUUUCUCAUACCAGUGCGAAUUCAGUUUCGACUACGUCGACGACACUCCGCACGAGAUGCUAGAUUACUCCGACCCAACAAGUUGCGAACCCAGAGAUUCAUGCCCCGACCAUCCCGGUGUAGAUCUUAUCUAUAACCACAUGGGAUAUGCCAAGGAUUCGUGCCGCACUUCUUGGACACCCGGACAGAUUCAAAGGAUGCGAGAGCAGGUGGCGAAGUUCCGCGGUGUUGUUUAUCCUGGGAUUGAUGUUAAUAAUAUACCAGAAGAUAGCAUCUAAAGGUGGAAUAGUACGUGGCCUUUGUUUCAAAGGUGAUGCAGUUCGGCCAAGGCAGUACGUAGGAAGCAUGUGUAUAUAUUACGG